AUGUCGGUUCAAGGCCUGUACAAAUUGAUUGGUGGUCCAACACCAAUUCCACCACACGCUUCCAAAACCCUAAAACACGGAAGAAAGAAAAGGAGAUAUCAGAAUGGCGGCACAGGGCAGACAGCGACAGUCAUUGCGAAACGGCAGCGAGGAGCAGAGCCUGCUUUCCAGGGUAUCGCAAUCGGGGGUGGUGCAGCAGACGAAGCGAGCGGCGAACGACGCGUCGUUGGUGACGAAGAAGCUGAUGAAGAGCACGGGCAAGGCGGCGUGGAUUUUGGGAACGACAUUCCUAAUCCUGGGGGUCCCACUGAUCAUCGCCAUGGAUCGCGAGCAGCAGUUCAACGAACUCGAGUUGCAGCAGGCCAACAUCCUCGGUUCCCCUUCCUCUCUCAAGUAAAAACAAAAACCUAA